AUGUCGUGGCGCAAUCAAGGCAUCACAGGUUCUAACAACAUCCCCCUCGGAACGCGUCGUCGGUUUGGAGGCGAAGGCAAUGGUGACUCGCAAAAUGACAGCUCUGCAGACUCUCCAGCCUGGGGUGACUCGAGCAAGCGUGGGCGCAGUCCUGCCAGAGCUGAACCUGAGACCGACGGCGUGAAGAGGCGUAGAAAGCGCAAUCGAUGGGGUGAAGCCGGCGAAAACAAGGCGGCAGGGCUCAUGGGCCUCCCGACGAUGAUUCAGGCGAACAUGACAGCAGAACAACUCGAAGCAUACGCCCUUCACCUCCGCAUCGAGGAGAUCAGCCAGAAGUUACGGAUCAACGAUGUCGUUCCCGCGGAAGCAGACAGAUCCCCGUCGCCGCCACCUCAGUACGAUAACUUCGGCCGUCGAGUCAACACUCGCGAGUUCCGCUACCGCAAGCGCCUGGAAGAAGAGCGACACAAAUUGAUUGAAAAGGCCAUGAAGACCAUCCCCAACUACCAUCCGCCUUCUGACUAUAGGCGCCCGACCAAGACACAGGAAAAGGUCUACGUGCCGGUCAACGAUUAUCCCGAGAUCAACUUCAUCGGACUACUUAUUGGACCUCGUGGCAACACACUCAAGAAGAUGGAAUCCGAAUCAGGAGCCAAAAUCGCCAUUCGAGGCAAAGGCUCUGUCAAAGAGGGCAAAGGACGAUCUGACGCAGCUCAUACUAGCAACCAGGAAGAAGAUCUACACUGUCUCAUCAUGGCAGACACGGAAGAGAAGGUCAACAAGGCCAAAGCAUUGAUUCACAACGUCAUCGAAACAGCCGCGUCCAUCCCGGAAGGACAAAACGAACUAAAGAGGAAUCAGUUGCGCGAAUUGGCGGCGCUCAAUGGUACUCUGCGUGACGAUGAGAAUCAAGCAUGCCAGAAUUGCGGGCAAAUUGGCCACCGCAAGUAUGACUGCCCCGAGCAGCGCAACUUCACAGCCAACAUCAUCUGUCGAGUCUGUGGUAACGCUGGCCACAUGGCGAGGGAUUGCCCAGACCGACAACGUGGGACCGAUAUGCGGAACAAUAUCCCUGGAGGAUAUGGAGGACCACAAAGACGACUGGGCGCUACAGACGCCGUCGACCGAGAGAUGGAGAAUCUGAUGCAAGAGCUUUCUGGAAACCCAUCCGGCAAUGGUCCUGCGGGUCGCAUCGAGGCUGCUCCUGGCGGCUAUGAUCAGGGCGACUCGUACGCAGCUGGAAGCGGAGGCGAUUCGCGUCCUUGGGCGCGCCAGCCGACCGGUGGUGUUGCUCCUUGGCAGCGAGACCGACAAGAACGACAGGAGAGAGACUACGGCCAAAGAGAGUAUGGUCAACGUGGUUACGACAAUCGUGAUUAUGGCCACCGAGACGGCGACUCGUCGGCUCCUCCAUGGGCUCAGAGUCGAGGAGAUGCUAAAGGUGGAUAUGGUGCUGCACCUGCGCAAGCAUCAGCCCCCUGGCAGCAACCACAACAAGCACAACAGCCACCUCCUGCGCAAAACUACGGAUAUGGUGGCUAUCCUGGCUAUGAUGCUCAACCAGGAUACGGCGUGCCUCCUCCGCCAGCUCCUCCUGGACUCAGCUCUUUCUUGCAGCAGUACGGGGGCGCUGCUGCUCCCCCUCCACCUCCCGACGCACAGGCUCCUCCUCCACCGCCAGAUCAACCCCCGCCACCCCCGGGCGUGCACGAGUACUAUCCACCACCACCACCUUCGGCGUGA